CCUGUCUUGCAUCAGUGUCCUGCCAACCGCCACUGAAACGAGAGCGGGUUGCCUCCUCCUCUGUCUCCCUGUCUGUCUGUCUGUCUGUCCGUCUGUCUCCUCUCCCCUCUCCAUCCCUCGCUUACCCCUCACGUCAGCCACGCUCCCUGUACCUUCUCCCCCUCACACUCUCCCACUGCAAGAUAAAGUGCUGAGAUCGUGAAGGAGAGAGAGAGAGAGAGGAAAAAAAAGAGAGAAGAAAGAAGAGAGAAGAGAGGUUUGAGGUGUGCGUGGUGUGAUGUGAAGUAAUUUUUUGAAGUUUCUGAAGUGUCAAGUGUCAGUUUUGUUUGCGGGUUGGCUUAACGUGGUUCAGUGUUCAAAGAUUCGAACAUGUGAUGGUGUUUCUUGUGCAUUGCUUCGUUGCUGGAGUGAGUGACUGUGAAGGAAUGAGAAGGAAGGAAAUAAGGAAGGAGAAACCAAGGAGGAAGUUUAGAAGAAGAUAAACAGUGGAGGAGAGGAAACUGUAACAAGGGAGAUAAAAAGAAGACAGACAAAGAAGAAGUGAAUUGAAGGAAAACGGGAAGAAGGUAUAGAAGAUAAACAGUGGAUGAAGAAAAACUCUAGCAGAGGAGAGAAAGAAAAGAAGAGAGAGAGAGGGAAGGAAAAGCAAGAAUAAAAGGAAGAAGAAAACGUAUAGGUGUGAACAGAUAAACAUAGAAUAAGGAAGAAAAUUAACAAGUUCUUGCAAGUGGUGGGAAAAAAAGACGAGGAAAGAGAAAGAAAGAGAAAAAGGAGGAGGUGCCUACACACAAACACACACACACACACACACACACACACACACACACACACACACACACACACACACACACACACACACACACACACACACACACACAGGGGAUGAAAUCAUACAAAUAAACACACAAACCCCAGCUUCCUGUCCAGUGCUGCGUGGUGUGACAGCUAACGCAUCACUCACCACCACCACCACCACCGCCACCACAACCACCAUCAUCAUCACCGGGGUAGGAUUAACAUGUGGGAAGGACCGGAAAGGAUGGAAAGGAUGCCUCGGUGUCGCAUCUCAGGGCGUGGUGUGGGUGUUCGUGUGAUAUCCUGCCACCCACCUCUCCUUCACCUCCCCCUCCUGCUCCUCCUGCUCAUGCUUCUCCACGCUACUGUAGGCAAGGGUGACCACGACUACGAUGUCCCCCCAGGCCUCCCCAUGUUGCCGGUGUGUGGGGAGGGAGGUGGGGAGGAGCAGUGUCUUGUCCAAGCUGAGGAUCCUUUGAGCUGGCAGGAGGCGCACCUCUUCUGCAGGAGUCUUGACGGGUUCCUCGCCUCCCGGGACCAGUACACCAGGCUGUCGCAGGCGCCUUAUCUGUCCAACACCACGACCCUCACCUGGACGGCACUCACGCCCCUCCACGGUCAUUACCAGUGGCUCUCCAGGUGUCCAGCCUCCACGGACUUCACGGAGUGGCGCGAUGGGCGUGUACCGAGGGCGUGGGACAGGGAGUGUGCAGCGCUGGACCUCGACACAAUGCAGUUUCAGCUCAUCAACUGCUCCUCUCAACUUCCCGUUUUCUGUUUCCUGGAGCCUGGCAGUCCCGCAGGUGUAGGCGAGGGUGCGGCAGAGGACGUUUACCUGGUGGUGGAGGGGGACCCGGCACCGGGACCUGAGGGGAAUCUGACCCUGCGGCGCGAGGAUUUCGGCAGCUUGAGUCUGACCUGCACAGCCUACAGCAGGACCUCCGGCAGGCCACUUAGCCCACAGCCCCGCGUCUUCUGGAGGAAGGACCUGGUGUACAGCGGGCACUGCACAGGCUCGCUCAUUCCCGCCACGCUGUACGACCGCACGAAGUCUCUCGCCACGUUUGACGCGGCGCACCGGGACGCCUUCACCACACAGCAGGGCACGUACUGGUGCGAGGCGUGGGGCCCCCGCGGCAGCUCCAGACGCCUGGUGAGCAACAAAGUGCUACUCAUGCGGCAGGGUGUCGUGGUGUUCAUCGUGGAGGUGCGGCGCAAGGAACGCCUCUCUGAUAACAUGACGGAGAUCGAAGCAGAGGAACAUCUUCGUAACGCCUUCUUCGGUGAGGUAGAUGGAAUCCUCAGCCUGCCGCUGGACCUGGUGGCUGCCAGCAAGGAGCGCCUUCCUGGCCCGUCCCCCGACGUACUCGCCUCGUACACUUUCCACCUCCACCUCCCGGAAAGCAACAUCAACACUGCCUGGCAGUCCCUGGAGUCGGUGCUGGAACUCUUCUCCGGGAAACUGACCAAGACGUUGCAUGACUACAAAUACGAGAACACUUCCCGGGUUACUUUCCCUCACCUGUGCUUCAGUCAAACCUCGCCCGCCGAGGAGGGAAGGCCUCAGCUGAAAUGGUCGACCACCUUCAUUGGUCCUGUCCACCCCACUAAUGUGCGGUGUGAGGCGCCCCGCGACAGGCUGGCAGUGGUGGGCCGCUGCCUCUGGAACUACACUCACGGGGCACAACUGCAAAUCAUACCUCAGCCCUGCCGGUGGCGAGACCUCUGCCCACAAGGGUACUCUGCCGUAGAGAGCCGUUACUGUGUAGCCGUGAUCCCUCCCGCGCCCUGGCAGGAAGGCUUCGAGGCGGUGCACACGACCAGCCAGGAAAUGAGUUUGCUUCACGAUGCUGUGGUGAAGAAGAAGAAAAUGUGGCGGCGGGUGAAACGAUUGGUGGAGGCCGUCGCCAACACUGACAUCAUAUGGCUCCCUGACAAGCGGUUACGUGCUGGCGCCUCGUUGCAGCAUCUGGGCCCGCUGCUCAGGUCUGGGUACAACCUUACAGAACACGAAAUCAUUUGGGAGAAGGAUCACCCGCUGCCUGACUUCGAGUGUUUGGCACUGAACUUGACAGGCCGCACCCUGCACACCCAUCCAUGCAGUGCCAGUCUGCCCUUCUCCGCCAUCAUAGAAGUACCUAGCAUGCGUAAGCCAGUCCUUUUAAAGAAGCCUCGUCUUUCGAAGGACAGUGUCCUGUGCCAGGGAUGGCAGAGUCCGACACUCAGAGUCUCCGAUGAGGUGUGCUUCAAGCUCUUCAGGAAUGUCGGAAACUUGACGUGGGAAGACGCAAAGAAUUUCUGUGAGGAGCGAGACUCGGUGCUGCCAGCCCCCAACAUAGGCUUCCUUGACUUUGUGUUCCGACAAGAGCUGCAGCAGGAAGGCGUGGAGGGCGUGUGGAUGUCCAUUAACGUAACCCAUGAGCGACUGGUGUACAGUGGGCCAAAAGACAUCCUCAGCUGGAUGGUAGACACUAACUAUUCCCUGUCUUACGGAGAGCUGACGCCCCGAGGUUGGCUGCUUCAAGGCGGCGGGACCCGCGAGGAUGUCCUCUGUCAGCAUAUGUUGAAAACCACAGAACGCCUCAGGCUGACGGUCUUGCCCCCUGCCUCCCCUGCCUCCCGGGACAUGUGUGUUCAAGCCGACCCGUUCCAAAUGUUUGCGCUUACUAACGAGGAGAUCCCUGACUUGCGGUGCUUCGAGAACGGACGAAAGGCUCGCGUCACCAGCUACCGAGCGACCGGCCCGCCUGGGUGUGCCGGGAGAGUUGAGCGUGGGUCGCCGGGCUACUACCAGUGUGUGGGCUGGACCGUCGCUCCCGUCACGCUGACAGCCUCCAACACCAUCUUGCAAUCUCCCGCUGCUUUCACUUUUCUGGUCACGCUGCUGGAGCCCGAAACAAACUACGAUCCCUUGUUGCACGACGCCACCUUUUCGCCCAUCAACCACGUGCUGCCCGAGGCCUGUGGCUGCUGCGAGGCGCUGAACAUAACGCUGACGAAUAUUCAAGUUUCUGGAGUAGCUGAGCUCACUGCGCGUCGCCAACACUUUCUGGCGGCUCCCGAUGGUCGUCUGCUUCACGCUUUGCACGUGGAGUGUCGAGGCAUCGUUUCCACCCUGUCGGAAUUUGAGGUAUUGGAGUCCCUAACUCUGCAGCUUCCCGUGGGCCAGCAGAUCGGGAAGUGUGCAGUGCAGGCCGUCCGCAGCACGAAGGGCUGUUUAAGAGAUGUAACUGUGAAUGAGGGAGAGCAAGGAGUGGAGAAAUCUGGUGGAAAUCUCAUCUGGCCGUCCACCAUUGGAGCCCGGCAAGUGGUCCCUGAGGAGCCAUGUGUCACCUCUAAUGGCGAGCCGGUCACCCGGGAGUGUAUAGGGGACUUCUUGCUCGGGUACCAGUGGGGUCCUGCCGGGCACUGCACUGGCACUGCUUCUAAUCUGACGCGUAAGCUGUGGCAGGCCAGCAGGGAGCCACUCCACUCACUUGACUUGACCGAGGCAGCACUCGUGGCCAACACCUCAGCGCUGCAGCCCGUGGACAUAUUCCUUGUUGCCAGGACUCUAGAGGCAGCAGCCGAGGCUCCUCCCCCCAACCUGCACCUUUCUCAACUUGUGUCAGUGAUGGACAGCGUGCUCGCCGCCGACACUGCCGCCUUCCAGCCAGUGCAGCAGCGGCUUGGCUCCUCGGAUACCCUCUUGGAAGCCUUCGAGAAGCUCUUCCUGAAUAUUAACUCGACAGUAAAAGAUGAACGCCCGCAGCGCGUAUCAGGAAACUGCUUAGCUGUAGAGGGCCUCGCGCUGGCUCCAGAGUCCCCAGUGAUUGGUUACAAGUCCAUGGAGCAACCGGUGCGCGGACAGAGGGAAGAAACAUUGGUGGUCGGGGUCACCAAGGCCGAUCUGCAGGACGCGGCAGCCGCCAUCAUCUUGCCGACGAACAUCAGCUUGCAUGUAGCGGCGAGUGAAGAGUCUGAGGAACAGGAAGCCGACAACCAGACGCUGGCUCUUUUCUUUGCCGUGUACAGGAACGAUAAACUCUUUCAGGAGAGUGAAGCAGUGGAGACUUUGGAAGGAGGGAAGCGUCGCUACCAGGUGAACAGUGAGGUGAUACAGGCCACCUUUGGCACAGAAGUGCGCGGCCUGCGAGAACCAGUCAAAAUAUACUUCAAACCGCGGCUUCCUGGCAAUGACACCAAAUGUGUCUUCUGGGACCUUCAGGCCCGCGGCAACCGCGGUGGCUGGUCUGAGGAAGGCUGCUACUCCGGAGGGCGCGAGGGAGACCACCACGUGUGUCACUGCUACCACCUCACCUGCUUCGCGGAGCUCAUUAAUUACGACGAGUCGGCGGGAUUCUCGGGCCCUCACGCGGCCGUGCUGGACGCCAUUACAGUGGUGGGUUGUUGCCUUUCCCUGCUCGGCCUUCUGCUCGUUUUCUUCACCUUCCUUCUCUUUCAGAGGUGGCGGCGGCCCCUCAGCAACAAAAUUCUAGUGAACCUGUGCUUUGCGGAGUUUUGUAGCUUGACUGUGUUUCUAGCUGGCGUGGACCAGACAGUCAGCGUCCCGUUGUGCCGCGGCGUGGCUGUCGCCCUGCACUACUUCAUCCUGGCGUCCUUCGGGUGGAUGCUGGUGGAGGCAGUGCACCAGUACCUCAACUUUGUCAAGGUGGUGGGUACCUACAUUCCGAGAUUUAUGUGGAAGGCGUCCGUGUGUGCCUGGGGCGUGCCGCUGCUGCCUAUCCUGGCGCUGCUGGUUUACGACAGUUCCCUCUACGACCACGAUGGCUCCAGGGAGGACGGCACCAAGAUCUGCUGGAUGUCCAGUACUGGAUUUUGGAUUGCGAUGUUGCCUCCUCUGGCAGCCACCAUGGGCGUCAACCUGAUCAUGUACGGCCUCAUUCUGUACGGCGUGACCUGCGGCCGCCCCUCAGUGCCCUCCACACUGCCGGAACGCGCCUUGCUCAUGAACCAGCUGCGCAUGGCGGUGUGCGUGUUCUUCCUGCUGGGUCUGACGUGGGUGUUCGGGUUGCUGGCAGUCAGCAGUGCGCGCCUGGUGUUCUCCUACUUGUUCUGCACCUUCACCACUCUCAAAGGUUUCCUGCUUUUCGUAUUCCAUGUGUGCCGGGAGCGGGGAGCCCGCCGCUACUGGGAGGACUUCCUCUCUGUACUGAAGCAGGAGUCCUCUGUCUCGUCUCCAGGGGACUCUGCUCACGCUGCCCACUCCGCGGGACGCCAAGGGCACCUCCAAGCAUCCUUCAACCCUUGCGGCGGCAUUAUGGUGCUGCCCCCCCCGGUCGCUCGCCGUCCAACGACCUCCACGCGCACUAGUCUACUCUCAGCACGUUCUUCCUCCACGGCCGGCGGCUCACGGGCCAGCUUCUACCCCUGACCUCGCCGCCGCGCCCCGCCUGCGCAGCGACCUGAGCGCGUCUUGUACACCAAAUGUUGUUACUAGAGGCCAGUAUUUGUAUAUGUACAUAUGUGUGUGUGUGUGUGUGUGUGUGUGUGUGUGUGUUUAAGGUUACAUUUUAUAACAUUACAAUAAAGUUUAUGCUAGGCA